AAAUAACUGGGGGUUUCAGAGUCACGAGUAUACUAUAUAAACUAGUUCAACCAUUUCAUCAAUACCUCUAAAAGAUCGACAGUUUCCACGAAAACAGCAAGACAAAGCAGCAAUGAAGACACUGGUGUUCGCGCUUUUGACGGUGACGUUUAUUGGAAUGUCAGAUCAGUGGAAAAACCAAUGGGACAAACCACUCAACUUCCAAUGUCCCUCCUCCCUAAGUGCGAUCACCCACAUCGUAUCCACGCAUAGUAAUGGCAAAGAGGACAGAAGAUUUAAUUUCGACUGUACACGCGUUCAAGGAGUCUCUGGACCUAGAUCUUGCAAAUUAUCAGGUUAUGUAAAUGAUUGGGACCGGGAUAUCCUAUAUACCUGUCCAGACGGAGGUUACUUAAAUGGUAUCUCUAGUGUCCACAACAAUAAGAAAGAAGACAGGAGAUAUAGAUUUAGAUGCUGCACUCCAAAAGGACGUUAUUACCACAAAUUCUGCAGAUGGACUGGGUGGGUAAACAACUGGGAUGCGACUUUUUCCUACUUUGUCCCUCGAAACUAUGUCAUCAGAGGAAUUAACAGCAUCCACAGCAAUAGCAAAGAGGACAGAAGAUUUAAAUUUGAAGUCUGUCGGGUUCUCAAACAUUGAACGAAUGGCCAUGGCAAUAUAUGUGUAGAAGUCUGCAAUAAAUAGACUCAAAAUAA